AUGAUUCAUGGUCCCAAUUCUUAAUUUUCUGGCGCUUUCACUAUAGGCAAAAGAUAUGAAUGUAAUUUAUCCUCUAAUCUUAGGUGCCAUAUACUAAGACAAUCCAAAUCCUGGGUAUAAUAUCUAUUAACAUAAGACCCAAUCAUUAUUCAGUCAAUCCCAUAGACAAGCCUUUGGGAUAUAAAUUUACAAAAUCUAAACGGAAACCACUCUAUUAAGCUACUGCAGCUCCAGAUCCUGGAACUUAUGAGAAUAAAAUUAAGGUAAUUUUUAGUAUAACUUAUUAGGCAAUCUUACCUCAUACUUCUUCAGUCACAUUCACUAAAGCAAAAGAGACUUCUCCUAGAGAGACUGAGAUAGGUCCAGGAUCAUAUAAUUUGGCUGAUUAAAAAAAAGCACCUGCAUUUACUUUUUAAAGUAGAUUUGAUUCUAUUGGAAAUGAGAUUAUGAAAACUCCAGGUCCUGGAAAUUAUGAAAUGGAGCAUAUACAUACUUAGAAGCCUAAAAAUAAAGGGUUUUCUACUAGUUAAAGAACUAAUAUGCUAUUAUCUAAUCAUCCAGGACCAGGUUCUUAUGAAAUAGAAAAGCCUUAGUUUUUAACAAAUAUUAAGUAUAGUUUUGAUUCAAAAAGAUUUCCAAAAUCAUAACGUAACAUGAAUUGGAGUCAAAAUGGACCAGGUCCAGGAGCAUUUGAUCUAAAUCUACCUAAACAUUAGGGUUUUACUUUUGGAAGCAAAACAAAUUAAUCAAUUGAUAGAUCAAAUGUUCCAGGACCAGGUAGUUAUGAUGCAGAUGUUGUAGAGACAAAAUUUAAAAGAAUAAAAGGAGCAAAGUAUGUUAAAUUUUAAUCGAAGAAUAGGAAAAUCUGAAAGAGGUAGUUUAAAUUUCUAAAAGAUUGGUCCAUCUCCACUUGAUUAUGAUGUAACUAAUUAUAAGUAUCCAACUAGACAUGCAAGGUUUAUAUGAAUAUAUUAAUAAUUUUUUAGUUUCAAUAAAGCAAUUAGACCAUCAAUGAUAUCUACAGAACGAACACCAGGACCUGGGUAAUAUGAUUUAGAUUUUAAAUUAAAAAAGAAUGGCCCUAUAAUCCCAAAAGCUUCUAAAGAUUAAAUUAAUUUAGAAAAUUUACCAGUUAUGAAUUAUAUUGAUAGUAGGGACCUGGAAGGUAUAAUCCCAAUGAUUCAAUGACUUCUAACAAAGGACCAAGUUAUCAUAUGGCAAAGAAAUAUGAUAAAGCUGAAGAAUCAAGUAUGAUAGGACCUGGGAGAUAUAACAUUCCUAGAGAUAUUAAUGAUGGACCCAAAUACACAUUUCCGACUCUCGAAAAGAGUAUGGAGAAAAAGUCAAUAGAUUUAAAUCAGUAAGAUUCAAAUUUAAAAUAGAUCACAUUGUUAUGAAAUUAAGUAAACCAUUGGAUAUAUACCUUAAUAUAUUCUUCAUAAUUGA